UCUGAACCCUGAUCCUCACUCCGCGCACUCUUUAAAAGCCCACCCCCCUCCGCUCUUCCCCCUCACAAUCCACGGUCACCAGCUCCAGCAGCCUGCACGUACGUAGCUACUGUUACUCGCAGAGAGCAGGGACGACAGAUCCAACAAGGAGAUCAAUGGAGAUGACUGUUAACGGGAGAGACACCGAGCACCACCUCGGCCUCGGCCUCGGGCUCGGGCUCAGUCUCGGCAUGUCCGGCACGACGUCUCCCGUGGAGCCGGCGGCGCCCCAGCAUGCUGUGACUGCUGCUGCGCCGUCGACGCUGGGGCGGCAGCAGCAGCUGUCCUGGAAUGGCGCCGGCCUCUUCUUUCCGGCCUCCUCCGGCGAGCAACGCUCGCAUGCAGAUGAUCGGAGGCUGGCGGCGUUGGCGUGCCACGAGAUGCCGUUCCUGCGCGGGAUCGACGUCAACCGGGCGCCGGCCACGGGGGGCGCGAGGGGCAGCUGCGCCGCCAGCGAGGACGAGGAGCCCGGCGCGUCGUCGCCCGACAGCACGCUGUCCAGCCUCAGCGGCAAGCGCGGCGCGCCAACGAGGAGCGGCGGCGGGGAGCAGGAGCGCGCCGGCGCGGGCAGCGACGACGAGGACGACAGCGGGGCCGGCGGCGCCGGGUCGCGCAAGAAGCUCCGGCUGUCCAAGGACCAGUCCGCCGUCCUCGAGGACAGCUUCAAGGAGCACAGCACCCUCAACCCCAAGCAGAAGGCGGCGCUGGCGAGGCAGCUGGGGCUGCGGCCGCGGCAGGUGGAGGUGUGGUUCCAGAACCGGAGGGCGAGGACGAAGCUGAAGCAGACGGAGGUGGACUGCGAGUCGCUCAAGCGCUGCUGCGAGACGCUCACGGAGGAGAACCGCCGGCUGCAACGGGAGGUGCAGGAGCUGCGCGCGCUCAAGCUGCUCGCCCCGCCGGCGCCGCACCUCUACAUGCGCGCGCCGCCGCCCACCACGCUCACCAUGUGCCCCUCCUGCGAGCGCGUCGCGCCCUCCGGCAAGCCGGUCGUCGACGAGAGCCGCGCCGCCAUGGUGACCCGGGCCGUGCCGACCGGGCCGUGGGGCCCCGUCCCGGUGCUGCCCGUGUUCCUGGGCAGGCCGGCCCAGAGGUCAUGAUGAACUAACUAGUGUGUCAUGUCAUGUGUCAUGUGUUAGUGAGUUGAGAGGUUACCAUCCAGUCUUGCUACUUGAUGGAGUAUCUAGGAAGAAUAGGCAUGGUAACUGUAGGGCAGUAGCUCGCUAAGAGAAGUAACUAGGGAUAUAAUCUUGUCUUCUUUUGUUUAUAGUACACAUGCAUGUCUAGUUUGAACUUAGAAACUUUUGUUGUUCCUUUUGUUUAUACCCAACAAAUUUGUUGCCUUGUACUCAAGUGAUGCAAUGGGUUUCAGUAGUACUUCUGCAUACAAA